AUGGAAGUGAAUGCCGAAGCAGACUCUACAACCACCUUUUUCGUUGCCUGUUUGCUAAUCGCCAUGGCUGUCGGCGGGCACAUUGCCGACCGCAGUGGAGCUCCUAGCCACGUAAUCAAGGUCCUUCUCAUCGUCUUUGGGGCGGCGAUGCUGCUGCUGUACAUCACAGGCACCUUCGGCCUCAUGGCGGACCUGGUAGGAAUUCUCAAGAACAGUAAAACUUCUCUGCGCUCUGCUUCUGGCGUGGCAAAGUUCUGCAAAGACGUGCAGGAGCUCGCGGCGACGCAGUUGCUGCAGAUGCUGCUGCUCAUCACGGUGCUGUAUUUGUUCCUGCAGACCCUCUGCGUGCCGGGCACCGUUGUGCUCAACGCGGCCACCGGUGCGGUGCUCGGCACACUCUUGGGCGUGCCCUACUGCACCCUGCUGGGCACUGUUGGGGCCUCCUGCUGCUACUUGCUGUCGCGCCUCGUGGGCGUGCGGCUCGUGGAGCGGGCCGACGCGCGCCUAAUGAAGGGGAAAGGCCUGCCGAAGAUACGCACGCAGGUCAGCCGGUACCGCUCCGACCUCCUCGUUUACUUGCUGUUCCUCCGCCUCACACCAAUAUUGCCUAACUGGCUCGUGAACUUAGCCUCGCCGGUGGUGGGCGUCCCGCUUUGCAUGUUUGCGCUGGCGACAGGUAUCGGCAUUAUACCACAGACGUACUUGUCUGUGCGCUUCGGCGCCCUCGCGCACGCCUCAACAGACGGCAACAGUCGUAUUGUGACGCCGUGGGACACACUGCUGCUGGCCGUCCUCGGUGUGGCGGUGCUCGGGAUGUUUUCGCUCAAGAAGCGGUUUGCGGCAGCUUCGGGGCAUGAUACAGGGAUGCGGCCGUCAUCGUUGACGCAUGUGUGA